AUGAACACAACACAAUUCUCACGGUCGAAAAAUUUCAAAAACACCGAAUUCCUUUUUCGGCAAAAAGAAUUAACAGCAAGAGAUUAUCCAUCAUUGCCGGAUACAAGAGCUCCAGCUCGAUAUUCAUUGUCUAAACAUCCAUGGGUACAGCAUGAAAGUGUUGCUGAUUGA